UGAGGAGCGCGAAAGACCACCAGUGUGAAGUGUUGAAUAUAUAUGUACAUGUACAUAUGACACCGGCCCAAAUCCUCGUGGGAUUACGAGAGCAACACAACGCGUUCCCGAGUCGCAUGCCCACAAAUGCGAACGUGAUGUUCUCUUCCUCUCCCGGCCAUCACGACCUCUGAGAGCAGCCAUCAUGGACAUCAUCAAGAACCUGAAGGACGUGACAGCUAUCCCAUUCAUUCACCAACCUAUCCGAGACGCGUUCUCGCCACAACUGGAGAAACAUCGCUCGGACAUCGAGAGCGUCAAGUCAAGGACGUUCAAGUAUGGCAGCACGGACAGACAUAAGCUAGAUGUCUAUUAUCCUCCGGCCGACGCCAUCCCUUCGACUGGCAAUGUGCCGGUGCUCUAUUUCUUCUAUGGUGGCGGAUUUUUCGAGGGCGAUCGCAGGCUCGCGCCGCCGUAUGACCUCGUAUACUCCAACACUGGUGCGUACUUCGCCAAACGCGGGAUGCUGACCGUCAUCUCUGACUACCGCCUCGUACCUUAUGCCAAGUUCCCUGAACCCGUCGAGGACAUGAGGGAUGCCAUAGGCUGGGUCAUCGCGAACGCAGAUGAGGUGCUCGCCGACAGCGGCAUCCAGGCCGACUUCGACCACGUAUUCCUCAUGAGCCACUCCGCUGGCUCAGCCCUUUCGUCCACCCUUCUCCUUCACACCACUCUGCUUCCGCCGAACGUGCGCGCCCGGAUCCACGGCGUCAUCCUCCAAGGUGGCGCGUACACCUUCAAACGCGACGAGAGCACGAGCCCCGACGACCCGGUUCUCCAGCUCUACGGUAGCUGGGACUCUGUCGAGGCUAACAUGCCCGCAGCGCUCCUGCGAAAGGCACCGCAGGAGCUACUGGCAGGCUUUCCCGAGGUCAUCGUGUUCGUGAGUGAGAGGGAGCUGGAUGGGUUUACCGAGAACAGUGAGGACUUCACGGAGACGCUGAAGACGAAGUUGGGCAGACAGAUACCGAUUGUCAAGAUGAAGGAUCAUAACCAUCUCAGCCCCCACUGGGCAUUGGGCACGGGAGAGGGCGAGGAAUGGGCUGACGAUGUUACGAAAUGGAUUAAAGAUAACGCGCCGUCCGCGAAAUAGUGGUCAAGGUGCACUGUAUUUCCAUGUGUCAGCAAGAUUGACGGAGAGUUGAAUAAUUAGGCUGGAUUGUGUGAGUACCAGUGUCAAGCCAGCCAUACUGCCCCGUCGCGGACGUAUGAAGCACCACCUCUCCAGUCAUCCCAGUCAUCUUACCCCUAUACGCGCGCAUGUUGGGCCCCACCGCUGUUUGUUUGGAGGGGACGAGACCGCAUUCAAUCACUACCAGGAGCAAGACGCUGCAUGCAUGCUCGCACACGUAAGAACGUACCGUCUCAGCAGCUCCAGCCCUCUGGGUGCGCUUAGAAUGAAUCAAAAUUUUUGCAGGGCGUAG